AUCGAUUUGUCAUACCUAUCUACCACCAGUCCACCACCCAUGCUCCAAACUUCAAAUAUUCUCCUCCUUUUCCUACUCUUCUAGAUAAGAAACACUCCCAAUUUAAUCUUCCCACUUUCCAAAUUUCUCUUCAAAAUACCACAAAUUUUUCUCAGAAAAAAAACAGCGCUGAAAUACUUGAACACUUAACCACUAUAUCAUCCACAGAAACCCAGAAAAAAUUCCCAUUUUAUCACUCAAACUCAAUCGAAAAACCCAAUCUUGGUCACUAAUUUUAGUGGGUAUUGAAGAAAAUUGAAGUUGGAAUUCUGGGGUCUGCAUGGUUAAGCACCUUAGGGGAGAGGAUUUCUUGUUGGGGUACUUGAAGAAGAAAGAAAGAGGAAAGCUUCUUCUACUUCAACAAUGGCGGGUGGUGGGGUUAUUGUUGCUCAGUUGCUGCCAUUUUCUUCAACGCCUCAAUAUCAUUACCAUUUUCUCUCUCCUCCUCGUUGGAAUUCUUCUUCAUGUUCGCGCUUGCCGCCGUCUUCUCGAAUACACAAUCGCUUCUCUUCUCGUCGACGGUUGAAUGCUUCCUACCCUCUUCUCCCUCCUCUGAGGGUUGAUAAUUUUUGUGCAAGAUGUUCAAUGAUAGAUACUGAUCUACUUCUGGAUAACGUUGUUUCUGAUGAAGAUACUGAGGAUUUUUCAUCGUCUGCUUCUAAUUUUUCUGAAAUUCUUGAGGCUGAGUCUUUAAAUAUAUUGAGUGAUAGAAGUUACGUUGAUAACGUUUUGACUGCAUUGCCAGUUUUAUCUGAGGAAGAACAGAAUGUCCUUGCUGCUACCCCUGCUCAUCCUGCUGGCUUGUAUGCUUUAUAUGCCAAUUGUUUAGUAGGGAAUUUUGUGGAACAACUAUGGAAUUUUGCUUGGCCUGCUGCCAUUGCACUGAUCCAUCCAAGCCUUCUUCCUGUUGCAGUCGUGAGCUUUUUCACUAAGUUUGCAGUUAUUCUUGGAGGACCAUUAGUUGGAAAACUUAUGGAUCAUUUCCCUAGAGUACAGGCAUAUAAUUGUCUAAGUAUUGUCCAGGUAACUACCCAGCUGAUGUCUGUGGCAAUGAUAAUAUAUGCUCAUAAAGUUCGGUCUGCUUCCGUGUCAACAAUCCUAGUUCGCCCUUGGUUUGUUAUUCUUGUUAUAGCGGGUGCAAUUGAGCGACUAUGUGGAUUAGCUUUGGGUGUUGCCAUGGAACGUGACUGGCUUGUACUGCUAGCUGGGACCAAUAGGCCUAUUGCACUUGCGCAGGCCAAUGCUGUUAUCAACCGAAUUGAUCUUCUCUGUGAGAUUGCAGGUGCUUCUCUAUUCGGUAUUCUUCUGUCUAAAAAUGACCCUGUAACCUGUUUGAAACUCGCUGCUGGUUUUAUGAUCUGGGGUUUGCCACUUACAGUUGCUCUUACUUGGUUUACCAACAUGGUUUCUACUGGUGUUCUUGACCGUGCUAAGUGUCCGCAGACCUGUUCUGACUGUAAUACUCGAUUAACCCUGGAAGAUAAUGAGAAUAUAGUGAGUUUAGGUAUAAAUGCUAUCAAACAUGGGUGGUCCGAGUAUAUACAGCAGCCUGUUCUUCCUGCAAGCGUAGCCUAUGUAUUUCUGUAUUUCAACAUUGUUCUCACCCCUGGUGGUUUGAUGACUGCAUUUUUGACUCAGCGUGGUCUUAACUCCUCCAUAAUUGGUGCUUUUAGUGGAUUAUGUGCUUUAAUGGGUGUUGCAGCGACAUUUGUAUCUGCUAAACUCAUCGAAGAACUUGGUAUCUUAAAGGCUGGGGCUGUUGGGUUAAUUUUCCAGGCAUCACUUCUUGCUCUAGCAGUUGCAGUUUACUGGAGUGGAAAUUUUUCUCAGCAGACACCCAUCUUAUUCUUCUUGUUCCUAAUCGUUUUAUCAAGGCUAGGACACAUGUCAUAUGAUGUAAUUGGCCAGCAGAUUCUUCAAACUGGAAUCCCAUCAUCAAAAGCUAAUCUUAUUGGGACGACAGAGGUCUCCGUUGCCAGUUUGGCUGAGUUUGUGAUGUUAGGCAUAGCAAUAAUCGCAAACGAUGUAUCUCAUUUUGGAUUUCUAGCUAUGCUUUCACUCCUGUCUGUUAUUGCGGCAGCAUAUAUCUUCUGCCUAUGGUUGAUGAAUCCUUCAGAAGAGCAAAGGAGGCUUUUUUCCUUUUGAACGCCAACUUUGAUGACGUGUUGCUGAGUACUGGCCAAGCCUUUCUACAAUAUUUACAUAAAGAGAAGAGAAAAAAAUUACAAAUUCGAUUCUUCAGGAACAAUUAACAUCCUUACAUGCGUUACUUCUCUAUUCGAGCAUUCCUCUUGUACAUCAAUGAAAAGGUGACAAGUUUGACCCAAUUCUAUUCUUUGCUCUCAUCUUAGCGGAAGGUUAUGAUGCUGUUCACUAAUGAUGAGCCUAACCCUGUACAGACUACAGAAAUCUCAAUAAGCAUAAUGUUUAUGUAAGCACUUGCUGUGAAUUAUCAAUUUGUCAUCAAGGAAGUUUAAUUUAGAUACUUCUGGUUGUGAAUAUGUGCUUUAUUAAAAAAAAUAAAAAUUAAUGGUGUCAAA